AUUGGAUUAGAACUGAUUGCGCUGCUGAGAAGAAAUUAAACCCCGGGAUGUUUCUUAUUUCGGGAUUGGUCACUCUCAGUUUGCUGGUAGCUGUGAACCAGAUUAGUUGCAGUCCCGCUCCUUCUACCAUUUCUAAUGGACAAAGGGAGCUGGUGGAGCAACUGGGAAACCAGAAACCUGAUAUACUCAGCCUGGAAACCCAGGAGGAGUUAUCUGGUCUAGGGGGUGGGUUCAGGGAGAAAAGAUUUCGGAAUGUGGCUGAGGCGUUUAAAAUGAAAUGGUUCAUGUUCAGACAUCUGCUGGAUGGAGUCAGAAAAAGAAAAGGCGGGAUGCGAUCCUCUAAUCCGUUUAGUUUUUAUUUAGGUGGGAUGCGAUCCUCUAAUCCGUUUAGUUUUUAUUUAGGUGGGAUGCGACCAUCUAAUCCGUUUAGUUUUUAUUUAGGUGGGAUGCGAUCCUCUAAUCCGUUUAGUUUUGCUUCGAAAGCAAACCUGGCAUAUCGUAUUAUCUAA